GUACUCAGUUACUUCCUUAUUUCAAACUUCAUCUUAAAUCCCUGACACCUAUUUACUCUUUUGGCUCUGUUCUCGAACGCAAGAAUGGUUUGUCUCAAACUUCCAGGAAUUGUGCUCAUUGCGGCUCUCCUCAGUCAAACUCUCGCCCAUCCGGGUGAGGACCGCGCUCGGGAGAUCGCAAAACGUGCGGAAUUCCUCCAAUACUCUAAGCGAGGUAGUAACUGCGAUGGUGCUCUUCGGAAACGCGGAAUUGAUUCCAAGCAACACAAACGACGUCUUCGUGCUCUCGAAGAAGCUCGGGCUGCUCGAGGACUGCCCCAGAAAACGCAUCUGUUGAGACGUGAUGCUAUUGAUGAAUCUCAUCUCUCAUCCCUUGUUGUCACGCCCACUACUUCAGACCUAGACUCUAUUAUUUUCGCUAACUCGACUUGCGUGCUAUCCCCAGAAGGAGCGGAAGGUCCUUACUAUGUCGAGGGCGAGUACAUCCGCAGUAACAUAACUGAAUCUGAAGUCGGAAUUCCUGUAACCUGGGAUCUCGAAUUCAUUGACAUAAACACUUGCUUGCCUAUAGUGAAUCUCACCUCGGAUAUUUGGCAUUGUAAUGCCACCGGUGUCUACAGCGGUAUAGUCGCUGACGGAAAUGGCAAUUUAAACGAUGCAUCCAACAUCAACAAAACGUUCCUCCGUGGUCUCCAAACCACCGACUCCGACGGCGUAGUUCAAUAUAGUAGUAUCUUCCCUGGUCACUACUCUGCACGAGCAACACACGUACAUGUUCAGACACAUCUCAAUGGCACCAUUUUGCCAAAUGGCACGUAUUCCGGCGGCAGCGUCUCACAUAUUGGACAAUUUUUCUUCGACCAGGACUUGAUCACAGAAGUCAAUACCCUCCCUCCAUACUCCGAGAACACAGUUGCAAUUAUUUUGAAUUCCAACGAUAGAGAUGUGCAGGAAGAAUUAGAAAACGACUCAGACCCGUUCUUGAACUAUGUGCUACUAGGUGAUAAAGUAGAGGAUGGCCUAUUCAUGUGGGUCACUCUUUACAUAGAUCCUACUGCGAGUUAUACUCCAAGUCCGGCUUCCGAGUUGACUGCUGGAGGGGGUAUUAGCCUUAGCAGUGGUACGAGCUCAGGAUCUGGUGCAGGAAAUAUAAGUGCAAGCGGCUGAACAUGGUGUACGUGCGUGUUCAGUGUAUCUAGUCUGUUAGUACUCUGUUCGGACGGCGAGCUAGAUAGAUUAGAUCAAAUGCUCCAGAAUUCUAUAGACCA